CUUCAGUCACUUCAGUUCAAAAGCAACACAACGCGGUUUGGAGGUGCAUCUAUUGAAAACAGUGUUGGUUUUGUAAACAAUAGGCAAAAGAGGAAUUGUGACAAUAUUUCAUCAAUAAGUCUGUGAACUAGUUACAUCAGCGAGAAUGUUGUGGGGCCUUAAGGUUGAACCGAGUAAAAGUUAUUCGCAAAAAGUCAUCCAACCUUUCCAUCUAAGUCAAGCGGUCUUAGAUAUUAACAUCCCAACGGCAAACUCGCAUUCGGAUGUUCAACUGAUUCUGAGCAGAGUGAAUUGCGAGAAUGGCGACAAUAUCGUAACCGAAGACUUCAUUCUAUGUGUUUUAAAGAGGUCCAGAACAGUGCAGGUUCCUUUGAAUCUAAUUUUCUCGGAAGGCGAUGAUAUUACGUUUCGUAGUGUCGGCGGAACUGUACAAUUGAUCGGAUAUUCGCUAGAUGAACGGAGUGACGAAGAUGAAACGUACGACAGUAGACAUACGGAAAGACGUCGAAUUUCACAAGAAAGUGGUGACAGUGAGGGUGGUUCCGGCGACGAAGGGGAUGGUUCAGAUGAUGAAGUGGCCACUGAAGCAGAGGAUGGUUCAGAUGAUGAAGAGGGCGCUGAAGUCAAAGUGGAAAACGACAGCGAUAAUGAUUUGAUGGAAGAGGAACAGCCAAUCCCCCCACCAGCGAAAAGACCUAAAUAUAACGGAAAUUCCAACAUCAAUGAACCUAAGAAAGCACAGAAGCCGAAAGUGGUUAAAAAUAAAAUCCGGCGACACGAUGGCGAUAUAAUUAUUGAAGAUAUUCGGAAAGGAAAGGGCACUGUCGUCAAAUCGGGGAAUAAAGUUGAGAUCUAUUUCGACGGCCGUUUGGAAUCAAAUGGAAACAAAUCCGUCGGAAAACUUAAUGUUGGCAAAGGAUAUACGUUCACAGUAGGCAAAGGUGAAGUCAUCCGAGGAUGGGACAUUGGAAUCGUGGGCAUGAAAGUUGGUGGCAAACGAAAAAUCAUCUGUCCACCAGGAAAGGCCUAUGGCCCAAGAAGCUAUCAGAAAGGCAUACCACAGAACGCUACAUUAGUGUACGAAAUUGAGCUGAGGAACAUAUUAUAGCCGAAUUCAAAAUGGUCCAUUUGACUAAGGAACUUCCAGUUUGUAAAAUAUAUUUUUGUUGUUUAGACUAAGGGUUUUAUGGUUGAACGUUCACAUCAAAUUGAUUUAGUAGCUAUGAGCUAUUCAUGUAAAUAUUAUACGCUAAAUACAUGACGAUGUUUGACAAC